CGGGCAGGGGGCGGGGCGAGCGCGCUGGGGCAGGAAGGAGGAAGGGCUGAGCCCAGACGGGAGCCGCGCGCUGAAGAGCCGGCCACUCACGCACUAUGUCUGCGCGCAAUGGAGGUACCGAGCUCGACCUUAGCUGGAUCUCCAAAAUACAAGUGAAUCAACCAGCAGUUCUGAGGCGUGCAGAACAAAUCCAGGCUCGCAGAACUGUGAAAAAGGAGUGGCAAGCUGCUUGGCUGCUGAGAGCUGUUACCUUUAUAGAUCUUACUACGCUUUCUGGUGAUGACACAUCUUCCAACAUUCAAAGGCUCUGUUAUAAAGCCAAAUAUCCAAUCCGGGAGGAUCUCUUAAAAGCUUUAAAUAUGCACGAUAAAGGCAUUACUACAGCUGCCGUUUGUGUUUAUCCUGCCCGUGUGUGUGAUGCUGUGAAAGCACUGAAGGCUGCAGGAUGUGAUAUCCCAGUAGCAUCAGUGGCCACUGGCUUUCCAGCUGGACAGACUGAUUUAAGAACACGAUUAGAAGAGAUCAGAUUGGCUAUUGAAGAUGGAGCUACAGAGAUCGAUGUGGUAAUUAACAGGACAUUGGUGCUGACAGGCCAGUGGGCAGCCCUGUAUGAUGAGAUUUGUCAGUUUCGCAAGGCCUGUGGUGAGGCUCAUCUCAAAACCAUCUUGGCAACAGGAGAACUUGGAUCUCUUACUAAUGUCUAUAAAGCCAGUAUGAUAGCAAUGAUGGCAGGAUCAGAUUUUAUUAAGACCUCUACUGGAAAAGAAACUGUAAAUGCCACCUUCCCGGUAGCUAUAGUAAUGCUACGGGCCAUUAGAGAUUUCUUCUGGAGAACUGGAAAGAAGAUAGGAUUUAAACCAGCAGGAGGCAUCCGUAGUGCAAAGGAUUCCCUUGCUUGGCUGUCUCUUAUAAAGGAGGAGCUCGGAGAUGAGUGGCUGAAGCCAGAACUCUUUCGAAUAGGAGCCAGCACUCUGCUUUCUGACAUUGAGAGGCAGAUCUACCAUCAUGUGACUGGACGAUAUGCAGCUUAUCAUGAUCUCCCGAUGUCCUAAAUCAGCAACUGAUUCCAGAAAAUAGUUCUGUACAACAGCUUUUCAAAGAUUAUUUUUCUACACAAUUGCUAAAAUUAUUUACUUAAAAAAAGAGGGACUAGGCAAAUUACAUUUUUCCCUUGAAAUUACCAUUGAACUUAACUGAAACAAUGAAAGAAGAAAACCAAGCUAAUCCACACCUGUUGCUCAUUUCAGGCAAAUCUGAGUGUUACUAGAUCUGCACUAUUAAUUUUGUGGAAGUCUCUUCCUAAAAACUGAGUUAAAUUUUAAUGACCUCUUUGACAACAUCAAAUUUUAAGGGGGAAAAAGUGUAAACUGCCCACAAAGCAUGCUCUAGCAGAAGAAAAUGCAGCACCCUGAACUGCUGUGUGCUCUAAUGACCUCGAGAGUCACUGGUUUAGCCCUCAUUACCCCCAUGAAAAUUCGUCUUUAAUUUUGGCAACAGAUAUGCUUUUCUUAUAAAUUGUUCUGCUUAUGAAAUUUAUGGCAUUGUUUUAGGAAACUGAAUAUCAUUGAAUUUUUUAAUAAAGUCCCUGUAGUUCUUUAUUUAGAAAAUAAAACUUCUAAUUGUAAUGAUACAUAUUGAAAAAUUAACUCAUUAAACAUAUAAAGAAGUUUUAUCGAUGA